AUGGGGCGGGGCCGGGUCGAGCUCAAGCGGAUCGAGAACAAGAUCAACCGCCAGGUCACCUUCGCCAAGCGCCGCAACGGACUGCUCAAGAAGGCCUACGAGCUCUCCGUGCUCUGCGAUGCAGAGGUCGCGCUCAUCAUCUUCUCCAACCGCGGCAAGCUCUACGAGUUCUGCAGCGGCCAGAGCAUGCCCAAAACACUUGAGAGGUACCAAAAAUGCAGUUAUGGUGGUCCAGAUACUGCAUUGCAGAAUAAGGAGAAUGAGUUAGUGGCAAGCAGUCGAAACGAGUAUCUCAAGCUGAAAGCCCGAGUGGAAAAUUUACAGAGAACACAAAGGAAUUUGCUUGGUGAAGAUCUUGGAACACUCGGCAUCAAAGAACUCGAGCAGCUUGAGAAGCAACUUGAUUCAUCCUUGAGGCACAUAAGAUCGACAAGGACACAACACAUGCUUGAUCAGCUCACUGACCUCCAAAGGAAGGAGCAAAUGCUGUGCGAAGCAAACAAGUGCCUUAGAAGAAAACUGGAGGAGAGCAGCCAGCAGCAGGUGCAUGGCCACCAUAUGUGGGAGCAGCAGCACGGGGUCAAUUUGCUGCUCGGCUACGACCAGCGACAGUCCCCACAGCAGCCGCAACACCACGCCGGCAACGGGUUCUUCCACCCUCUGGACGCCGCCGCCGAGCCCACACUGCAAAUUGGGUACACUCAAGAGCAGCUGAGCAACUCGUGCGUGACGUCCUUCAUGCAGACAUGGCUACCUUGA